ACGAGCGCUGCACAAGAGACCAUGAAAAGUCCAUUAUAAAUAAAAAAUAAACUAUUAGUAGGGCCUAUUAGUAUUAAAAUAAUACUAUAUACAUAUUCAUUGACUUUCUUGAGAGUUUCGAGCUCUUCGAACGUUGAAAUUAUCUAUGAUCAAGCAGAGGAAUUAAUUAUUUGUUCAUGAUGAAUCAACUCCAGAUUUUCCCAUGGUAACAAUAUUAUUAUCAUUUGAAUAUGGAGGACGAAGCUGAAAGGAAAGAAGGAACUGUAAAUAUGCCCAAAGCUUUUCCCACCUAUGGUGCUAUGGAUGUUGAUCACAAACGAUGUAGAUACCCCUAUUGUAUAGUAUGGACUCCAAUUCCAGUCUUGACGUGGAUUCUGCCAAUUAUUGGGCACAUGGGCAUUGCCAUGUCAUCAGGUGUCAUCAGAGAUUUUGCAGGACCUUACUUUGUUUCAGAGGACUGCAUGGCAUUUGGGAAUCCAACUAAGUAUUGGCGGUUGUCACUAGAAAAGGUACCAGGAGGACAGGCGAUGUAUGAUGCGGCAGUUUCUGAUGCCUCUGUGGAAUAUAAAGGUCACAUGCAUAAUCUGUGUUGCGAUAACUGUCACUCGCACGUUGCACUUGCGCUGGAUCUCAUGAAGUACAACAAGAGCAUGUCGUGGAACAUGGUGAAGCUCUGUUUCCUCAUGCUUGUCCAUGGGAAAUAUGUCAGUUUCAUCGGCUUUUUAAAGACAUGGUUACCUUUUCUCAUCAUGCUUGGAAUUGUCAUCACUAUGGUCUCAGUCUUAUAGACAUUCUCAAUGUUUGUAAAUAAGUUUUAUGAUUUUUACUAAAAAAAUAGAUUUACAAUGUUACAUCA